CGAAAUUCGGUAUGGUGAAGCUGCUCAGCGGCCUUGGCUUGCUUGUCGGGGCCGUGUUGAACGCAACACUGGUGACGUCAGCUCCAGACGAAGCCGUCCUUCCCGUGCUGCUCAUACCUGGCUACGCGUCGACACAACUGCAUGCAUGGCGAAGCGAGCGAUGCAGUGGCCUUGGGCACGACGUGGCUGUCGGCGAUCGUGUAUGGGUCAACUUAGCUCAUUUGAUCGGACAGCAGGAAUGCUGGCUAAAGUGUAUGUCGCUGCGCGUGGAAGACCAAGCCGAUAUCAGUUGCAAACUUCGAGCGGGCGAAGGCAUAUCGUCCAUCGCGGAACUAGCUCCAGGACUCCUUACGGGCCCCAUGAGUAUUGUAUGGCGCAAUGUCAUCGAAACCUUGACAGGACAUUUCGACUUGGGGCCACAUCAGCUCAUGGUGGCAUCGUAUGACUGGCGUCUCCCGCCGUCCAAGCUACAGGAACGCGAUCACUUCUUCUACACUUUGCAGCAAAAGAUUGAGGAUGCUGUGGUGCAAAACCAAAGCCAGGGCAUUGUAGUCCUAGCGCAUUCGCUAGGGAACAAUGUGUUUCGAUACUUUUUAGAAUGGCUCCAACGCCAAUUGCACACCCCGGACGCAUACCAGACGUGGUUGGAUUCGCAUAUUGCAUCCUACUUUGCGGUUGGUUCGCCCUUCCUCGGCAGUUCCGAGUCCAUCGAAGCGCUCACGUCGGGAAGUUCCGUGACGCUACCCUUGGCAAAAGAGUCUCUCCGGCAGCUCCAAGUCACAUUUGGAUCCACACAAUGGAUGCUUCCGUUUCCUCGAUCCCCAGACGACCCCAAAGCCAACGAAGUGCUAGUCACGGUUCGGCCUCUUACCAACACUGCGACGUAUACAAGUGAAAAUUUCACGCUGGCCGACAUCACCAACGGCCGGUUCCAUCGCGCGAUGCAAGCAUGGGAUCCUCAUUUCAACGACUUGGCUUAUCUAUUCGAUCGGUACUACACAAACGACCCUGUAUUGAACCCGCACACUCCGUGGACGCGACCGCCCAUCAAGGCAGUGUACAUUAUCUAUGGCACGGGGUUACCGGUGCGUCAUCGCUUCACAUUGACCCAAACCGAGGUCGGGCGGUGGGAAACGUCGUUGGUUUCUGCAGAAGCCCCCGAUCCGACCACGUGCUUCAAGACGGGCGACGGCACCGUCGGGUACGACUCGUUAUCAUGGGGCCAUACCUGGCUUGGAAACCCGGGCGAUGUGAUCGGAAUCACUCGCAUCCCCCAAGCUCCAUACUUCACCGCCCAGGACGUGGUGACCACCCAGUCCAAUCGAGUGCAGUUUAGCAGCUACUCCCACGACCAGCCCCCGCCCACCGGCGGCUUUGGGUGCUCCAACCAGUCCGGCCGCGCCUUUCUCAGCGAUAUCAUGUGGCCAGGGGGUGCCGACCCGAGUAUCACGUUUUACGAAUACACUGACUCCCAUACACACGUACGAAGAAGUGAACUAGCUGUCUAGUUAUUUGUUUAUUGGGUUGUGUUGGAAUAUAGUUAUUUGUUUAUUGGGUGAAAUAUCUUUUUUUGAGGAGUAGACAAGCGUGUGGGAGCUGGACGAGGUGCCGCAUCGGGAAAUCCUGUCGCAUCCUUCGUUUUUGAGGGAACUCAAGCACGAAUUGCAGCAAACGUUUGCCACAGGGCGAGCCCAUGCUCCCAAGGCCUUUCGACCGCCACACCACGACGCCGAUUGUUACUGGAACUACCUGUGGGCUCAAUGUGCGUUUGAAGAGUACUGCCAAUACGAAUACAAAUUUGGCGACGUCACGUUGGAUCAAUCGUGCCGCAUUAAACGGACGAGCACCGGCCCAGCACAAAGCAGCCGGGAGAUGCCGACUACAUUGACAGACGCGCCCUUGUUCAAGCACGUUCUACACGAAUACGCUGGCCAGUGCAAAGCUCUCGACACACAAAACGAGUGACUAGUAGUACUUUACCUUGGAUUGAUUUAGUAGCUAUAUAAUAUAGUCCAUAUACAAAGGUGCACGCAAAGGACCCUUGACAGUGAUUGUCC